UGGGACAUGCAGUAGGCAGGUUAGAUCUAUAUGGAGAGACUGAGAGAAUGUCAGAUAGCCGACAUGGGUGUUUUGCUGUAAUGCCAGAGUAUUGUUCUCUUGCCAGGAUAGAUGCAGAGUUUGUCAACGGGACAUGGACAUACAAAAGCAUACAGAAGAGUACAGGACCAGAAUAGACUUCUUGGACCUUGUUUGCCCUCGGAGCGGUGAGCGCCAGGUAUCGGCUGUGAGUGAGAAGCUACUGGGUCAAGGCCGCGGUCACGGGUUUUCUGUUUCCCUCAUCGUCAUCCAUCCAUCCAUAACCUCCCUACUCCACUUCCAUCACCUACACACACACCACACGCUAACUGAGGACGGACAGUUUCUCUGACAAUAUCAACAUGGCAGCGUGCACGGACAUCAGCGAGAGUGCCACCAUAGGAAGGGACGUCCGACACAAGGAUCAAGCCGAACACUGCCGAACUGUAAAUCAGUUACAAGACUGAUCGCCACUGGCGAGCUGCAUAAACUGCCGCUGUAUGUGACUUUAUCAGACUGAGUCUGUGUUCCGGUCAUGGAGGAGGUAAGAGCAGUCUACCUGUCCCUGAAGCAGUUCCUUAACAUCUACAUCACCUUCCCUGGCCAUAAUGACCUACAGCGGAUCAAGGAGACAUUCUAUGCAAUUGCAGGCUUCCCCAAUGUCCUUGGCUGCAUUGAUUGCAGCCAUGUGAGAAUUGUGGCCCCAUCUGGACCAGUGGAAAGAGAUUAUGUGGACCGGAGAAAUCACCACAGUCUGAAUGUUCAGAUGAUCUGUGAUGCCAAUUAUUUAAUCACAAACAUUGAGGUAAAAUGGCCUGUGGGGGUACAUGAUGCCAGAAUCUUCAGGGCAAGCUCAGUGCUACAGAGGCUUGCUCAGAGGGAGUUUGAAGGUAUCUUCCUUGGAGACAGGGGUUACCCCUGUCUUCCUUACCGUUUAACGCCAUACAGCGAUCCAGGGACUGAGGCAGAGGAGGCCUUUAACGGUGCCCUCAAUUCCACCAGGGCACGAAUUGAGAUGGUUUUUGGCCAACUAAAGUCCAGGUUCCAGUGUCUGAAAUACCUGAGGGUUGCUCCAGAACGUGCCUGCGACAUCACGGUGGCCUGUGCCAUCCUCCAUAAUAUCGCAACCAUCCGCAGGGAGAGGCUCCUGGGCGUCACACUGGAGGAGACAUGGGAGGACCCCAAUCGCAUGCCAGAGGACAUGGAUGGGAGGGCCGUGAGGGACCUCUAUAGGGACACACAUUUUGCUUAAUUUGAAGAGCUCCAUUCUUAAAUCCAUUUUUAGAAUUUUUCUACAAUUUACUGCAGGUGAUAUCAAUCAAAACCAAAGUUCAGUCUCUCUGACCAAGGAAAUAUGACAUAACAAAAUAGGUAGAUGUUUGUCUGUGUCUGAAAGUAACCGGCGUCUUCCACCCAACACCAGCAUUUGGUUGGUGGUGGGUGGUUGGCAUUUGCUAUGCAUUUGGAUUCAUACUCAGGGCUCCAG